AUGGGCAACCAGCCGUCCAGCGAAAAGGGCAAGAAGGGGGAGAAGGGUGCUGAUGGCGUCCCUCUAGGCCGCGAAUACUACCGCUCGUUCGAACGCUCAGACACUCAAGGCUCUACACGCUCGCUACGCAACUCUAUUCGUAACAAGAUCCCCGGCACCGGUAAGACCGACAGCCCACGCAACUCAGUGUCAAACCUGAGCGAAGUGGCCAAUGGCAAGAACGACAAGUCAGACGCAGUCUCGCUCAAGUCAGAGAAGAGCAAGGGAGGGCGAAGCUCAAGGCGAGGCUCAAUAGCUUCAGAAGGAGCAGGUCUCGUUGAGACGGCUGCACAGGUCGAUGAGCUGCCAGACGAGCCACAGCCACCGCCAUCACCUGUUCAAGGUGCUACAGUAGGGACAGGCCACGAAGCUGUAGGCAAGGCCCAGCAAACUGGCGAGGUUGACCGUGUCUCGGAGGUACCACCCUCCGGUGUUCCACCUCCUUCAGCCUCCGCUCAGCCAGGAGAGUCAAUCUUACAGAAGAAAGGACAGCCAAUUCCGAGAUUACCGGAGCCUCCAGCAGCAAACGAUGGAGCUGGUUCGCCUAUGGAAAUCAGUGCACUCAAAGCGAUAGAUCUCGAUGACAUGAUCCAGCGUUUGCUGGAUGCUGCGUACGCUGGCAAGGUCACUAAGACGGUCUGUUUGAAGAACGCCGAGAUCUUCGCCAUCUGCUCUGCUGCACGAGAAGUAUUUCUGAGCCAGCCAGCGCUACUGGAGCUCGCGCCGCCAGUCAAGAUCGUUGGUGACAUUCACGGACAAUACACCGACCUCAUCCGCAUGUUCGAGAUGUGUGGUUUCCCUCCCAACUCGAACUACUUGUUCCUAGGCGAUUACGUGGACCGUGGCAAGCAGAGCUUGGAGACCAUCCUGCUGCUAAUGUGCUACAAGCUCAAAUUUCCCGAGAAUUUCUUCCUCCUCCGUGGCAACCACGAAUGCGCAAACGUUACCCGCGUCUACGGCUUCUACGACGAAUGUAAGCGAAGGUGCAACAUCAAGGUCUGGAAGGCAUUUAUUGACACAUUCAACUGCCUGCCCAUUGCAGCUAUCGUUGCACAGAAGAUCUUCUGCGUUCACGGCGGGCUGUCCCCGAGUUUGUCGCAUAUGGACGACAUUCGCCAAAUCGCACGGCCCACCGACGUCCCUGAUUACGGCCUGCUGAACGACCUGUUGUGGAGUGAUCCAGCCGACAUGGAAAACGAUUGGGAGUCUAAUGAGCGAGGUGUCAGUUAUUGCUUCGGCAAGAAAGUCAUCAUGGAGUUCUUGCAACGGCAUGACUUCGAUCUUGUCUGUCGAGCGCAUAUGGUCGUAGAAGAUGGCUACGAGUUCUUCAACGACAGGGUUCUUGUGACGGUUUUCUCGGCGCCAAACUACUGCGGCGAGUUCGACAACUGGGGUGCAGUCAUGUCUGUCUCCGGAGAGCUGCUGUGCAGCUUCGAGCUGCUUAAGCCGCUUGACUCGAGCGCACUCAAGAGCCACAUCAAGAAGAGCAGGAACAAGCGUCAGAGCAUGCUCAAUUCACCAGUGAGUAACUUGCGGCCUCGGCCUAUGGAUUUGAAGCGAUCUUUAGUGCCAUAUAUUAUAUAUCUUAUUCGUACUGACUUAGCCGCAGCCUGCGCACUAUGCUCCUCAGAGUUACUAAUCAUGUUCUUUUAUGUAGGGUAG